AUGCUGAAGAAUCAACAGCCAUCUGUUUUCCUGACUGAUUUGCUUUCUUAUUUCUGUUCUUCUCUAUUCCACAGGGGGUUCUGCUUUUUUAAUUCGAUUGCAAUUACUGCCAAAUACUUGAGAGACAAGCUAAAUAUAGGCAAGAUAUUGAUUGUAGAUCUGGAUGUUCACCAUGGCAACGGUACACAGCAGGCUUUUUAUGCUGACCCCAGCAUCCUGUAUGUUUCCCUCCAUCGCUAUGAUGAAGGCAACUUCUUCCCCGGCAGUGGAGCCCCAAAUGAGGUUGGAAGUGGCCCUGGCGAAGGGUAUAACAUAAAUAUUGCUUGGACAGGUGGCUUAGAUCCUCCUAUGGGUGAUGUUGAGUAUCUCACAGCAUUCAGGACUGUGAUUAUGCCAGCUGCCAACGAGUUUGAUCCAGAAAUUGUCCUGGUGUCAGCAGGAUUCGAUGCUGUGGAAGGCCACGACCCUCCGCUGGGCGGGUACAAAGUCACAGCUAAAUGUUUUGGCCACCUAACCAAGCAAUUGCUGAAGCUGGCGGAUGGCCGCGUGGUGCUGGCACUGGAGGGAGGACAUGACCUUACUGCCAUCUGUGACGCCUCUGAAGCCUGUAUAAAUGCCCUUCUAGGAAAUGAGCUGGAGCCUCUCCCAGAAGAUAUUGUGCACCAAAUCCCCAAUAUGAAUGCAAUAGCUUCUUUAAAAAAGACCACUGAAAUUCAAAGCAAGUACUGGAAGUCAGUGGAGCCAUACUCUGUGCCAGUGGAUUGUGCUCUGGCUGAGUCUCAGAAGCAAGAGAGGGAGGAGACAGAAACAGUAUCAGCUAUGGCCUCUCUUUCAGUGGAUGUUGAGCAGUGUAUUCCUCAGGAAGGCAGCAGAGCUGCUGGUGAGCCCAUGGAAGAAGAGCCAGCCUUGUGAAGUGCCAAGUCCUCCCUGAUAUUUCCUGUGGGUGACAUCAUUGUGUAUCCCCCAAAGCACCCUCAGACAUGUCUUGUCUGCUUCUUGGGUGGCACAGAUCAGAUGGAACAUAAACACUGGGCACAAAACUCGGAAUAGCAGCUUCACUUGUUCUUUGGAUGGACUUGAAAGAGCCCGAAAGAUUCCUUAAAUGUAACCGCCACAAUUCUAGAGUUACAGUAAAACAGACUUGGGAGAAAGAGCCUAGAGCAUGCUUUUUUAAUGCUGUUUGACCCACUCACCAACACAAAUUGUGAAAUAGAGUAUUGCAAAAUUCUACAUGAUAGAUUAUAGAUAUGAGAAUUGCAACAGCCAGCAACAUACUCUGUGAACUCCGUGAAUCACUUUCUGACACUUUUUACUGGAUAAUUUUUUUCAUACUGUGUUAAAUUGUUAAUAGAAUCUGUUUUCUUUGCUCCAUGUAAUGAAGAAAAAAAACCCUCACCCUUAUUUUACGUGCCAUUUUUUAACCUCCUAUAAUGAAUUCUUAGCUGAAUAAGUGAAAAGUGUUUAAAUUAUGAGGAGAGAUUUUAGCUAAAGGGAAAGCACUUCUUAUUGUACUAUAAAUCCCCUGAAGUACUGUGCUUGGUGGUGCUUUAUUUUCUCUUCCCUAUUCCUGGCCAUUUCAUGUAAUCUUUUCUAUCAUAAAAACACAUCCACGAUUCUCUAAAAUGAGCGAUCUUUUGCCUUUAAGAAAAAGUGCUGUACCCUCUGUAGUUGACAGUAGCGCUCACCAUAUGUGCAGCAGAGAUCGAGUAUGGAUAGUUUUUCAAACGUGUUUUUAGUUUGUUCUGAAAUGUUUCUGCGUUCUGACUCCAAAGCAGCGACCUUCAGUAACUGCCUGCAGCUCAUUUGAAGCUCAGGUGUUUCUGUGGAGGUUGUGUGGGAGUGUUUUUUACAGGUCGUGAUGUGAAUACGAACUCAUUCUUUUAUGUAGUCCUGCACCAAGAGAACUGAUGUUGCUUAAGAAGCUUCAAAGGGUUUAGGCUUUAUUUUAGAUUCCUGAAGUGCAGCAAGAUCUCCCUGCAAUGUGACUUUAGCUGUUUAAUUCCAUGUUUGAGAACGUAACAUAGAGUUGUGCCUUUAGCUGAAAAUGAACGCUUAAACUGUUACACGUGUUGCCUUACUGUCAGAGAGAGAGAGAUAUGGGGCAUGUAUGUAAGAGUACUUCAAAUGAACAAAACUCUGCUAUAGUAACUUUUAUUUUGUUUACAACUUUCUCACCUAAUGAACCCCAGGAGAUACCUUGAAGUAUUCAGCUUGCAGUAUUUGAUAGCUUGCUCAGCUUUUAAAAGCAAGUGAUGUUCAUUUUUUAUAUAUUUGCCAAUUUCAAAAAAAAAAAAAAAAGAGAAGGGAUACAUAUAUUAAAGCCAUAAGUGAAGACUGUCAUGCUUUUUAUUCUGAAAUCUGAAAGGAACCUUAAUUAAAACAAGAUUUUGGGGAAGGCCAUGAUAUGAAAGAUAUGGAACAAUAUGGUUUCAGUUAUAGGCAGACUCAAACCUGUAAAUCAAAGAUGAAAGAUUUCACUCAAAUAGAAUUAUAUAAUUCUCUUUGUUAUGCAGUCAGACUAUAUCUUUCAUGCAUUUGGGUUUGUUUGCGAUUAGCAUUUUAAUUUUAAAGACUUUUAUUACUUAUACCAAAGCUCUCCACUACAAGUUAGAAAUCUGAGGCAUGCUUUGAAAAGGGAAAUCUAAAAAACAGGGAUGUCAUUUCCUAUAAUGUGAAGUAAACUUUUAUUCUGAAAGGUUUACUCUAAAAUGAAUGUAUGCCCCUUAGAAAGGGAAAUAAAAUUCUGACCCUCAGAAAGUGAAAUAAAAUUCUACCCCACAUUUACAAGCCAAAACCAUGCUCGUUUUAGUAAUGCAAAGAGUCCCAGCAGGCUAAAUUAACUCCUGGUGUAAGCCACCUUGCCUGACUCUGGGCUGUUCUGAAGAGGUUGUUCACACGACUAAAGCAAUCAGGAGUUCCUCCUGCAUUUUCAGCAGACUCCUGAUGGCAAUCUUACUUGCCAUUUACUGCAAUUUUGUUAUGGUCAUCAAAGAAAUUUCCCUUCAAGAAAACCAAGGGCUAUAGCUGAUGAGUUGGGUAAUUUGUAGAGCUUUUCACAUUUUGAAAUCAUGGCUGCAAAAUUUUAAUUGAGUGCAUAGUAACAUCAUUUUAAAAUUAACCCUAAAAUCUGUUUGUGUCCUUAGCUUGCAUGAACUUCUAUAUGAAUUGCAAUCUGAAAUGUGAGUUACAAACUUUUCCAAUCAAACUCUGUCUUCUGGGGUGCAAAUCAUCUAAAGCUGUCUUUUUAAGCUGGAAAUGCUUUUUAAACGCCAGAAUGACUUGAAUUAAACAUUAUAAACUCACACUUAUACAUUUGUACAGAUGUAGUCCCAGACAGAUAUCUAGACGUGCUGUUGGUUGAAGUUAGGAUGGUUUGGAUAAACAAGUGUGCUAAUAAACUGCACACAGAUUGUGUCCAGAACUCUGUUCUGACUGAAGUCAACAGCAAAGUCCUCUUUGAUUUCGAUGGGAGAUGGAUCAGGCCCUGCUUUUCUUUUCCCCUUUAAGUCAAGAACGCCAUUGCUUUUGGAUUAUGUCAUUCCAAGGCAUCUUACAGCCCUCUGGGAAAUGGUUGAGGCUUAUGGUGAAUAUCAACACUUCCUUCAAAGCAGACCUGGGCUUUCUGAGAGGGCAGUUUCACUUGCUGCUGUUUUCUUCUCACAGUAUUUUUUAUUACCGUCAAUAGCUCCCCAUGGACUGGAGUUAAAAUAUCUUCCAGCAAUUUUAGUCAUAGUUCUAGGGAAAUAUUCACAUAGACACUCUUAAAAAUGCCCAGUUUUAACUGGAUUCAACUACAGAUUGCAAGAAUUUCAGAAAGAUGCAUGAAUUGUGUGUUUCAAAUGUAAAAAUUAGAUUUUUGAGGAGACAUCAAAGUCUCAUGUCUCCCACAGACCUUUCCCACUCGGCCAGAGAGAUUGACACCUCUGAAAAUUCAGUCCCAGGUAUUUCAAGUUGACUGCCAAAAUAUCUACAUCUGAGCUUAGAUUACAUCUAAAACUGAGUUGAAAUGCAUGAACAAGAUGGGAUAAGGGUGUUUUGUGUGUGUGAUUCCAUGGGGAAGGUGAAGCUGAGGAGGCAGCAGGGAGGACUCAGAGUCGGGGUGAUCCUCUGCCUGGUUCUGGUGGUACAAGGGCUGCAGGCAGGCAGAAGGACAUCCCGUGGUACCUCCACCCCAGGCUGCCAUUGCCUUUUGCAGCAAAUCUUUGCCUCGUGAGGGAAUCCUGAAUUAAUUUUCACUCUACCAGUCACCAACCACCAGAAUGAGAGAUGUCCCAGCAGCAAGUCUCACUAACAUGCUUGCUCCAGUCCAUUUUCUUCUCUAGCAUUAGGAACAAAGUAUUAAGCUCAGUGGAUCUUUUCUUUUAUUAUUAUGCUUUUCUCGUACUUUUCUUGUAUUCUUAGGUCCUUCAGUUCAUAGUACAAACUGAAAACUAAAAAGAGACAUGACUCAGGAGAUCAAGAAAAGAAUAAUUUUUUUUUUCCAGCUUAAGGCUCUUACCUGGGCUGGAGUAAAAACAGUGAUGAACAGCAAAUCUCAGAAC